AUGUCAUGGGCAGAGAGACCACUCAAGAAUGCCAUGAAACGAAGCGACUUCCGCUUGGAGAGGAUAUACACAUCAAACAAGCUUGGGAAUGUUCAAGGCUUUCUCUUUCACAUCACCCGAUCCUCAGCUUCACCAGACGAGCUACAAGACAUGUUGGAAUCACCACCCGAUGCGUUUAACGAAUACCUUUCAUCCGUCUUCAACCAAAUCAUUGGCCGGAAUCUCUGUAAGCUCUAUCCACUUGUAUUUUCAUCCGAGUAUGCCAAACGUCUCGCUGAAAUCACAUGCAUGAUCCCCACCAUUGCUCGUUCUAUCCAACGUGUUAUUAUGCGUGCCAACAAUGACAGAGGUGGAUCACAACAUCUAUAUACGCCAUCCCCCGCUGCACUUAUUGCACGAGCCAAUCUCCAAGCGAUCGCUUCAGUGACACGCAUCAUGCGACCUACUUUUACUACGAUGGAUGAUGAUCCUGGGGAUGACAUGAAAAUGGAUCUCAUGAUUGGGUUUUAUUAUUCCAUCAAGCGAAACCUAUUUAUACAACGACAUGCAAAGGUCAACAAUACCACAACAGACAACGAUGACCAGCAAGUCCCCAUGUCCUAUGAAGAUGUAGCGGAUGCUUGGAUUGUACCAGAUUCAACUACUACAGACCACCCCGUAGACGAUGAUUUGUACAUGUACUUCUAA